CACAUGUUUGAACCUAAUAGUGUCCCACACGAACGACAACCACUUCUUCUUUAUCAUCCUCCUGCUGCUGCUUCUACAUGGUUCCACCACUCUCCAAAUUAAAACACUAAAUUCCAAAAAUGCUUCUUCUUCCACCGCCAUUCCUGGUCCUCAUCUUCCUCAUUCUCCAAACAGUAACACCACUACUACUCUCCCCAAUCUCAAAAGACCCCACCACCCAACUCUACACCCUCUCCGUCUACGUUCAAACCCCACUCCAACCCACCACCCUCCACCUCCACCUUGGCUCCUCCCUCACCUGGCUCCUCUGCAACAACUACAACCACCGCAUUCCCUGCAACUCCUCUCUCUGUGCCACCUUCAACUCCGGCGGAGCCUGCUCCAACAACACCUGCUCCUUCUUCCCUGAAAACCCCAUCACCAGAAAGACUCUCCUCUCCACCGCCAACCUCGACACCCUCGCUCUUCCCACCUCGGACGGGUCAACUCAGGGUCCACUCGUCCAAAUCAAAGACUUCGUCUUCUCCUGCUCCACAGCCCAAUUACUCCAAGGCCUGGCCCAAAACGCCACUGGUCUAGCCGCUUUGGGCCGAAACAACCUCUCCCUCCCGGCCCAAAUAAGCGCCUCUUUGUCCACCACUCGUUGCUUCGCUCUCUGCUUACCCGCUUCAACCCAGAGUCCCGGCGCGGCUAUCUUCGCUUCGACCGGACCGUACAUUUUUAAUUCCAAAAUUGACCUCUCCAAAUCUCUUGUUUACACUCCACUCAUUGUGAACCCCGUUGCGGAUACUGUUAUCUCUUACAACGGACAACCGUCCGAUGAGUAUUUCGUUAACGUGACUUCAAUUCGGAUCAACGGUAAGGAUGUUCCCAUCAACGCGUCGAUCCUGGCCAUUGAUCAGGACGGGCUAGGGGGGACCAAGAUAAGCACGUCAGAGCCGUACACCGUAAUGGAAAGUUCUGUAUACAAACGGUUCGUAGAGCUGUUUGUGAAUGAGUCGUUGGCUUUUAACUUGACGGCAACGGAAGCCGUUGAGCCGUUCGGGGUGUGUUACCGUGAGGGGGACCUCAGUGAGACGCGCGUUGGACCCGCGGUGCCGACCGUGGAUUUUGUGAUGCACAGCGAUGACGUGUUUUGGAGAACAUUCGGGGGGAAUUCGAUGGUGAGGAUUGAAAAGGAAGGGGUGGGUAUGGAUUUGUGGUGUUUGGGUUUUGUUGAUGGUGGGGCGCAUAGGAGGACCAGCGUUGUUAUUGGAGGGCAUCAAUUGGAGGAUAAUCUCGUGCAGUUUGAUCUUGAUUCCAAUAUAUUUGGGUUCAGCUCAUCGCUGUUGCUUCAAGCCACAACUUGUUCUAAUCUUAAUAUCUCUAAUUUUGUCAACAAUAGAAUAUAGUUUGCAAUUGUGUAUAAUACUUUGUAAUUGUAAUUACUAAAUUGUGUAAUUAAAUAAGAGCAUGUGAUAACUAAUGAAGUAAUGUAUUAUAUUGUGAUUGAUUCCACUCAACAAAAGCAACUACA